UACAAAGGCGUUAUUCUGUGGUGAGGUUUUUUUUUUUCCCACAGAUGUGAAUGAAGACGCUGCAUGUUGAGUUCCUGGCUUUAGUUGUUUUUAGUGCAUUUGUAAUAUGUACAGGUCAUUCUUCUAGAAAAUGAUUUUAUAUAUUUACCUCCUUCUGUGCACAUCUACUGAUUUUACAUACAGUGAAGAGGUAGCUUGGCAGGAGCCACUAAAAACUGUUGAAGUUGGAGGCAGAGUUGAUCUUGUGUGUCUGUGUACACAACAGAGAAUAACCACUAUUAUAUGGUUUAGACAAAAGCUUGGAGAGAAGCCAUAUGUAAUUGGUACGUCAUAUCAGCAGCAACCUGCAAAGUUUUAUAAUGAGUUUGAAGAGAAUGACCGGUUUAAAGGCAAAAUUGGACCUCGCGGUUUUAAUCUGAGCAUCUCCAACAUAGAACUAUCCGACUCAGCUACUUACUACUGUGCUGUCACAUUUCUUUAUGACAUAUCAUUCGGACAAGGCACAGUUCUAAUUGUAAAAGAUAAGUCAUUAAAAAGCAGAACGCAAAUCCAGCUGGAAAACAUUCCAAUGGUUGACCCAGGAGACUUCAUGACUCAGUGUACAGUCGUCGCUGAUCGCUGUGCAGCAAAUCACAGUGUGUACUGGUACAGAAAUGGCAUUGGAGAAUCUCCAUCAGGAAUCAUUUACACUGAAGAACAGAGCAGUGGUCAGUGUAAAGAGAACUCUUCUAAACAAACAUGUGUUUACAGUCUCCCCAAGAACCUCAGCACUGCCGAUGCUGGAACGUACUACUGUGCUGUGGCUGCAUGUGGAGAGAUACUGUUUGCUAAUGAAACUAAGCUGCAUGUCAAAGACACUCAUUUUCAGAUCGAGAUAUUAGUACUGCUCUCAAUUAUAAGAUCAGCUGUUCUUCUCUUCACUUUUGCUAUUUGUCUACUUUGUAUCCAUAAAUGUCAUUCACCAAAGAUGUGAAUAUUUGUCAUAGUAAAGGACUUUUGCUAGCAUCCAGUAUUUGUAAAGCUUUCUGUAAUAAGCUUAUUGUUAUUAUUAUUA